CUAUUCUUGCACCUCCGUGCCAACAAAUGACAGAGGAGGUGUGUUAGGGCAGAAAUAUCCUGCUAUGAACAGGUCGUUUGAUUUUUUUAGUACGUUUCAGUUGUGUUCGGAAAACACCCUGUGAGUUUCGUUGGUAACUUGUUCGGGAGAGCGCAGGAGUCAACAUGUCCUUCGACCUGAAUUCAGCUCUAUGUAGUGGUGAAGAAGUUGUGAAGAAGAAAGAAGCUCAACAGGAUGAGUUUAGUUGGCCUUGGAGCAAAGAUAAAAAAGACAAGGGAGGCUGCAAAGGCAAAGACAAAGAAGGAAAAGGGCACAAAUCAAAGUCUGAGUCUAAGGAUGGAGACAGGAAGGACAAGUCGUGUGAUGGGGAGAAGAAGAAGAAGAAGAAGAAAAAGCACGGGGAAGGGCAGAAAAAGGCUGGUACAUCAUCCUCAUCCUCAUCCUCAUCUUCCUCAAGCUCUGAUGAGAACUGAUGCCUCAUCUGGGACCGGACUUUUCUGCUCCUCUCUGAUUCUUUUCUCUCCUCAGACAGUGAGCGUGUUUGUUUGAGUGUUGAUUUGUAUCUUCUUCUCUACAGAAAAGGAAUGGAAUAAUGUGACCAAAUAUGUUUGUUCUUAGAAGUGCAUGUAGACAAAAGGAAAACAAACAGCAUGCCUGAAGGAAUUGUUUGUAAUGUUUUUGGAGUAAAAUGCCUUUUUACCACAA